UCCCUCCCCCCCUCCCUUCCCGGCGCUCUGAUUGGCUGCGGCGCGUUCGACUGUGGCGAAAGAGAAAGCGGCAGACCCCACGUGGAGCUGGCGGGCGUUCCAUUGAUCGCUUCUCCCCCGCAAAGCUGCCGCGGGGGGGCGUAAAAGAGAGAGAGAAAGAGAGAGAGAGAAAGCGAGGAAAGGAAGAAGGGGCGUUGAAAAGAGGGGGGCUUCUCUCUCUCUUUCUCUUUCUCUCUCUUUUUUUUUCUUUCUCCCUCUUGCAAACACCCCGACAGGGCAGCCCUGACCCGGAGCCACCCCGCCCACGCUCUCCCUUUCCCCCCCCCCCCGCAAAGGAGGAGGCGCGGGCGAAUCCUGCGCCCCCGGGUUAACCCCAGAACGUGGGUUUUCCCCAAACCGGAGACGUAGUGGCCUUACCUAAAAUCACAAACCUAUGGUUGAUUUACAAGGAUGUUCUCCCAGAAUCGGCCCCCGGCUCACCUGCAGACGCCGCCUAUGGCCACUACGGCUGUUGCCGCCACGGCUGCCGCCAGCGUCGUAUCCACCACCCCUCAGUCUUUGAAACUGACUUACCCGGAGAUUUUGGACCGGAUCAAAGAAGAAUUCCAGUUUUUGCAGAACCAGUACCACAGCUUGAAGCUUGAGUGCGAGAAACUGGCCACGGAGAAGACAGAAAUUCAGCGACAUUAUGUCAUGUAUUAUGAAAUGUCCUACGGGUUGAACAUCGAAAUGCACAAGCAGACGGAGAUUGCCAAGAGGCUGAAUGUCAUCUGUGCUCAGCUCAUCCCCUUCUUGUCUCAGGAGCACCAGCAACAAGUAGUCCAGGCGGUGGAGCGGGCGAAGCAGGUGACGGUGGCAGAACUGAAUGUGGCAAUCGGGCACCAGCUCCAAGCUCAACACCUCUCCCAUCACGCACCCCCCAUCCCGUUGACCCCUCACCCGUCCAGCGUCCAGUCUGCCAGCCUGGCGAGCCUUGGUAGCGCUUCUGGGCUGCUGGCACUGUCGGGAGCAUUGGGGGCGCAGGCCCAUCUGGUGGCCAAGGAUGACCGAGGGCUUCUUGAUGCCGACCGAGAGAGAGACCCCGGACCCAGCUCUUUAAUGCUGUCGAACGGAGAAAGGAUGCGAGCCAUUUCGGAUUACUUGAACAGUAGCAAAAAGAGGAAGUCGGAAAAAGAAUACGGCACGGAUUACGGCAGCGAUGGGGAGAAAAGUGAAGACAACCUGGUGGUGGAUGAGGAUCCUUCUUCGCCCCACAGCGUCCAGUCUUUCUCCUCCCGAGAAAAUGGGAUCGAUAAAGCCACUCUGCAUCGGAAAGAGCUGGGCCAUCACAGCCCCACAUCCCUGGCGUCUUCCAGCAGUGCCUCCCCAACUCGUCCCGCCAAGGAGCUGACCACAGUAGAAAAAGCAGUCACGCCCGGUUUGAAGUCGAACACCCCAAAUUCCCAAGGCGAAGGGACCAUGCCCGGAUCUUCUGGCACCCUCUCCCAGUUCCGUCCAGGAGUAACGAAGCAGACGGUGGAAUCACUCGCUUUGAGCCUUCGGAAUCCGCUUACCGUCCAGAGCUCCUAUCAAGCUGCUUUUAACGUCGCCCACGUUUCAGUCAACGGCGACAUGGUGGGCACCGGAGCCUACGCCGGGCUGCACCUGGUCUCCCCCCAGCUGAACGGGGCCGCCGUUGUGGGGACGGGAAGCUACGGGCGUUCCCCCUUGGUAGCUUAUGAUCCCCACGUGCAUUUGAGGGCUUCCAGCCUUUCGGCGGGGAUGCAAGCCAGCAUGUCUUCUUCCAAGCCAGCCUAUUCCUUCCACGUGAGCGCUGACGGGCAAAUGCAGCCGGUGCCCUUCCCUCCCGACGCCCUGAUCGGCUCCGGCAUCCCACGCCACGCCCGCCAGCUCCACACGCUCUCCCACGGCGAGGUGGUCUGUGCCGUCACCAUCAGCAAUUCCACCCAGCACGUCUACACGGGGGGCAAAGGCUGCGUCAAGGUCUGGGAUGUGGGGCAGCCGGGCACCAAGACUCCCGUGGCUCAGCUGGACUGCCUGAAUCGAGAUAACUACAUUCGAUCCUGCAAGCUUCUUCCCGACGGCCACAGCCUCAUCGUUGGGGGCGAGGCCAGCACCUUGUCCAUCUGGGACUUGGCAGCCCCCACGCCCCGGAUCAAGGCCGAGCUGACCUCCUCCGCCCCGGCCUGCUACGCUCUGGCCAUCAGCCCUGACGCCAAAGUCUGCUUCUCCUGCUGCAGCGACGGCAACAUCGUGGUCUGGGAUCUGCAGAACCAAACCCUGGUUCGACAGUUCCAGGGUCACACGGACGGGGCGAGUUGCAUUGACAUUUCCAACGAUGGCACCAAACUCUGGACCGGCGGUUUGGACAAUACCGUCCGGUGCUGGGACCUCCGCGAAGGCCGGCAGCUGCAGCAACACGACUUCAGUUCUCAGAUCUUCUCCCUGGGCUACUGCCCCACGGGGGAGUGGCUGGCCGUGGGGAUGGAGAGCAGCAACGUGGAAAUCCUCCACGUGACCAAAUCGGAGAAGUACCAGCUGCACCUUCACGAGAGCUGCGUCCUCUCCCUGAAGUUCGCUUCCUGUGGGAAAUGGUUUGUCAGCACCGGGAAGGACAAUCUGCUAAAUGCCUGGCGGACCCCUUACGGAGCCAGCAUAUUCCAGUCGAAAGAAACCUCAUCCGUCCUCAGCUGCGACGUUUCCACAGACGAUCAAUUCAUUGUCACCGGAUCCGGGGACAAGAAAGCCUCCGUUUACGAAGUCAUGUACUGACGAGAAUCGCGACGUUGCUUCAGAACUGACCCCAAAAGAGAAGUGGGGGGGGCUGCUCGUUGGCGCCCCUUCUCGAUGGUUUGUUUUUUUUCCAGCCAAAGAAUUCCCCCUCACAAUCCAGGAACGGAAGCAGGGAUCCGGAACCCACCACGAGGACGCUGGGUGGGUUUGUGGGAAGGCAGCUCCCCCCCACCUCCGUCUUCCACUCAACCUGAGGUUUUCGCGGAGUUUAGUAGUGGUUUUCUCGCCAAGUUGCCCUUAUCCUGGCAUGGUGGGAGUUAAGGGUUGGCGCUGUCUUUUGGUGUGCGUGUGUUGGGUGGGUGUGGGUGUGCAUGUGCGCAAGUGUGUGGGUGUGGGUGUGGGUGUGUCCACAUUGAAAUUCCUUUGGAAAAGUUUGUUGUGUAUUUUAACCUUUUUCUUUUUUUAAAGAAAAAUAAUAAUAAUGGACUUUCAAAUAAAGAGAUGAUGGUGUUUGGGUUA